AUGGAGCUCGCCGGAAUGGAGCUCGACAACGGACCGGCUACUAGACGGCCGCUCAUCAUUCACCCAAACAGCGAUGUGACAAUUAUUCUGAAGAAUCCGAAUGCGCCGUUCGCUCCUCUUCUAGCCAACGCUGACACCGCAUCCACGAGCGCCGCACCUGGAGCCUCCGACGAAGUGCGCUUCCUCGUCUCCGCCAAGGACCUGAAAUACUGCUCCCCCUUCUUCAGGAACGCUCUUGACAACAACUGGAAAGAGGCCGUUGAAUACCGCAAGAACGGCUCCGUGGAACUCACAACAGAAGGCUGGGACCUCGAGACGUUCGGACUCCUCAUGCGCCUCUUUCACUGGAAGAGAACCUACGGUGCAGAGGACCCCUUGUUAAUCCUCAGGCCCAGCCUCCCGCACACGGACACGCAAAUCGAGCCCAUGGCCAAGCUUGUUGUUUUGGCAGACUACUACCAAUGCCUCGCCCUGAUCAAGUCAUUCUAUGCCGUUGAGCCGGAAAAGGUUGUCACCGUGGAUCUCGACGCCGAUGGCCCAGAGCAGCGUAUACAGAAGAUGUACCUUUUCGUCGCGUGGGCGUUCAACUGGCCGACUUACUUCAGGGCCUUCUCGUGGAAUAUCAUGCAUACCGCUAACGGGCCGAUUACGGCGCUUGGACUGCCGCUUCCUGCGGAGAUCAUCGACGAACUCAACCGCGGCCGCAAACUCACCCUCCGACGCAUGACGGCCUACCUGAAAAAGCAUUAUAACUCCUACCGCGAGCGCCUCCCGUGUGAAGACACCUGGUGCCAGUCCACUCGCCUCGGUCUGCUUACAUUGUUUAUGCAGAGAAACCAUCUCCUCCCGUCUACCGCGGACUUCAGGGGCGUCAGUGUGUACUCACUCAAGGAAGCGGCACUCUCCAUGAAGAGCUUCCGUCGCAAAAGUCAUGUCUGCGCGAGAAAUAGGCCCAACUUGACGCCGAAGCAGAUCUUUCUGCAGGAUGAUUUUCCGGAUCUUGUUCAGGGGCUUGAGAUUGCUCAAUUUGAGAGACGGGAUGUGGAGUGA